UAUAUAAGCCCUCGCCAGGGCGCACUCCUUCACUGGAAACGGAGCAGAGCUGAGCUGAGCUCCUCUCUCCUCCUCCUCCUCCUCCUCCUCCUCCUCUCUCUCUCCUUUUCUUUCUCUCUCCUUCUCUCUCCCUCUCCUCCUCCUCCUCUUCUUAUAGUAAAGGGCCAGCUGGUGUCUGGCUCUCCAUGGCCACGGGGCUCUGCAGACGGUGUGGAGAAAGCAUGCUCUCCUCCAGCCUCCUCCUCCUCCUCCUCGGAGCCGUGGUGCUCCACUGCGCGCUGCGCGUCCAGUCCCUGCCGGUCGCGCGCAGAGGGAGCAUCCAGCGGUACACAGAGCCAGAGUCAUUUUCAGAGAAGUCUCAGCACUACGGUCUGAAGAAGAGAGGGAGACUUUCGUACGAUCAGGACACGGUAAAGGAAAGCUCGGAUCUGAAGAGGACGCAGCAGCACGGCGCUCUGCCCGGCGCCGACUCUGACUGGAAGAGACGACGAUGUGGAGUUCCAGACUUCCCCUCAAAGAUGGGGAACAGCAUCCAUCACCAGGCCCAGCGAGGAGAGCACCACGGGGGACGACACCGGCGCAGGCGCUUCGUUCUGUUCGGGGGACGCUGGGAGAAGACUGACCUCACCUACAAGAUCUUGAGGACCCCGUGGCAGAUGAAUUUGGAUAAGGUACGGCAGGUGUUUAAGGAGGCCCUGCAGAUUUGGAGCGAUGUCACCCCCCUGACCUUCUCUGAAGUCACCAGCGGCAGAGCCGAUAUCAUCAUCGACUUCACCAGGUACUGGCACGGAGACAACUUGCCUUUCGAUGGUCCCGGAGGAAUCCUGGCUCAUGCGUUCUUCCCUAAAACGUAUCGUGAAGGAGACAUCCACUUUGACUAUGACGAGGCGUGGACACUGGGCAACAAUAUGGGUACGGACCUGCUCCAGGUAGCAGCUCAUGAGUUCGGUCACGUUCUGGGUCUGCAGCACUCUUUAGAGCCGGGAGCCAUCAUGUCCCCCUUCUACACCUUUUCCUACCCUCUGCAGCUCAGCGAGGACGACAGGAAAGGCAUCCAGUACCUGUACGGACCCAAACCUCUGGACAAAGACACACACAGAGAGAUUGAGGUGGAAACCGAGAGGCCGAGACAGCCCCACAUCACAGAGACCAACGACAUCUUCGUUGUGCCGGAUGCGUGUCGUACAGAUUUCGACGCGGUGUCGAUGAUCCGGGGGGAGCUGUUUUUCUUUAAGUCUGGAUACGUGUGGCGUAUUCGUGAGGGGCGGCUGCAGGCUGGAUAUCCUGCUCUAGCAUCCAGACACUGGAAGGGAAUCCCUGAUAAUAUCGACGCUGCCUUUGAGGACAAAUCUGGAAACAUCUGGUUUUUCCAAGGGGACAGUUACUGGGUGUUUGAUGCAGAGAGACAGAUCACAGGGCCGGACUCACUGCAGCGUCUGGGACUUCCUGUCUCACACAUCCAGGCGGCGCUGAUGUGGGGCGAGGACAAGACCCAGAAGGUCUACUUCUUUAAGAGAGGAAGCUACUGGCGCUUCAUCCCGGAGGAGAACCGCGUGGACUCCGCCCACGCCCGCAACAUGGCCAACUGGAGGGGGAUUCCUCACGACAUCGACGCCGCCUUCCAGGACCGCUAUGGUUUUGCUCACUUCCUGAAAGGGAAUCAGUACUGGAAGUUUGACCCGGUGGAGGUGAAGGCUCUGGAGGGAUACCCGCGCUACAUCGGCAUGGACUUCUUCGACUGCUCUUCAUCCAUCUAUAAAUAAACCUCAACCACAAACACACUCGGGCUCAUUUUCCCAAAAGCACUGCAGUAUUAAAUGGAUCAUUUAGCAAAAAAAAACCUAACGAACACAGUUUUCCCCUCAGCCCAAAUGUAGUUAAUUAGCCAAGACAUGUUUAUCGUCAGUAAUUUGCUUCUUUAUUGCACUAAAACUACGAGGUUAGAGCAGAUUAACAUGUAACUGAUGAUUAUACUUCUUAAAACUGCUUUACUGCUUUCCUAAAAGAGUGUUUGGAACGGAUUUUAAAAGACAGUAUUGAUAUGAUACAAGGGUUACAAAUCAAUGUAUCACAUUAUAUUGUGAUAUAACUGCAAGAAACUGUAAUUAUAUAAUUAUAAAAUCUUAAACAAUUCUAAAUUUACUUCUUAUCCAAUCAGAACAGUGGGAUCUAAGGAGUAAGCACAACACUGCUCUCUAGUGUUCAGGUUUUAAACACAAUACAAAAUAAAUCACUGUCUUCCACCAACCUUUACAUGUAAUCUAAUAAUUAACAAAUAAUCGAUAUAGUACCACAAAACAAAAUAUUGCGAUACCAUAACACGCAUUUCUUAUUGGCAGGUUAUAUAGGGCCAUAGAUGGAUGUCAGUUAGUGGUAAACAUUUCAUAAGGAGCAAAUAAAUAUAAUACAUAAAUUAGACAAAUCUGAUGAAAAUAAUAAAAAAAGACACAGACAAAGUUGAUUCGGGUUUUUACAAAGGAGCAAAAACGGUGGGAUUACAUGUUAAAAUAUUUAACGUAAAUUGAAUUGAACCUAAUUUUCUUUUCGAACACCUGCCAACCAAAACUAGGAACUUUAAAUUAUUCAAAAACUUUUUAAUAAAAAAAAAAACAAC